AUUGUUCCUUGGGCAAGAGACGUCAAGAUCUGUGUGAAGGGCGUCUCAAAGAGUCCUUGCAAUCUAAUCUAGGAGCAUAAUUUAAAUUGAAAAUAUGGAAUACUCGGUAUAAAUGAAUUCUGCCUCCUUGACAGUUUACUAUACAACACCAUCAGGUCAUGACAUUCUGCCGAGUUUUUCGAGUUUUUUGACAUUUUUUCUCGCGAAAAAGAUUGGUUUCAGUGACCGAAAAUCGUUCUAUGCCAGACAACGCCAGACUUUCUUCGCCUAGGAUCCCUACCAGCACAAGCUGGUCAAUAGAAAGCCUGAAGUCGGACCAAAAGGUCAUCAGAAAAUUUAUUAAUUCUGCAAUCUACGUGGAAAAACCCAUAAUGCCGCCGCUUAGGAAAAAAAGUCCGAUGUUGGCGUAUUCUAGCGAAGAAGAUACACACAGAUUAGACAGAGCAGGAGUCAGGACUAACCGCAUUGACAGGGCCGUUAAAAGGUGUACAUGUAACACUUCUCCCGACAGCUGCCCAUUUCACCAGGACAAGAAGCAGGACAGUGCCAGGACGAACCGUUCGAAUCGUACCAACCGUUCGGGAGCAAGCGGAGACCUAAUGGGUGCCAAAAUGACCGAAACGUCGGACGAGUCAUCUUCUAGUGAUACCAACAGCCAGAUCACUGUCAGAUCGAGGAAUGCGCAUAGAGUGGAAACCAACGACGGAAGUACCAAUAGGAAUGAUACUAAAGGUACAGCAGGCAGUGAAUUCAGGCUAUCGUUGAGCCCAUUGAAUAGCCAUCGUUCCAUGGAUCUGGAUCCCAAAGAAAAAGAUGAAAUUAUCAAGAAUUGGUUGAGGAAAAAGGAUGAGGAGAAGAAAAGGAAAGAAAGUGAGCAAGCUAAAAUUAGAGCAAAAAAGGAGAAACAAAAGCAAGCACAAAUGGAAAAAGAGAAAGAAAAUUUCAGGAAAUGGUUAGAAAACAAGAAGUCGCAGGAAGAGACGGCUAGAAAAGAAACAGAAAGAAAGGAAAAGGAAAAACAAAGGAAGGAGGAAGAGAAAUUAAGGAAGCAGAAGGAGGGUGAAGCUUCAUUCAAUUCUUGGUUGAAGAAGAAAAAACGACACGAGUUAGAGAGGAAAAUCAAAGAAAAGUUGACCAUGUUGCAUCUGUAUGAAGAAAGAGAACGACGUAUAGAAGAAAAUGAGAAAGCAUUCAAUGAUUGGCUGAAAAAUUCAAAAAAUAAACCAAAACCUUUACCUCUAAACCAAGGAUUAGACAGUAUGUGUAGCUCGACAUCAGUGACAUAUAUCAACCCAGUUCCUUGGACACCCAAUGUAGAAGAUGUUAAAGCUAAGUAGGAAUACAAAUUAUCGACUAUGGUUAUUACUGAGCAACAUCUGAAGUAUUACUCAACAAAUGUAUACAUAUAUUUUUUAAACAACCCAUACAAUAAAUGUCUAUAAUAUGCAAUACGUAUACAAAAGCAAUGUGUAAGUUUUUCAAUGGCAAAUGUCAAUCGUUAUGUAUAUUGAACAAAAAUAAAAUAAUAACU